AUGAGAAGCCGAAGAAAUGGUACCUUGGAGAGCUCAAAAAGUCUUUAUUCCAGUAUUUUUUGUAGCACAGAUCAAUCAUUCACUGAGAAUGAUUUGGUGCUCUUCAUUCAAGAAAACUUUAAGAAGAGAGAGUGUGUCUUUUUCACUAAAGAUGCCAAGUCAAUUGACAAUCUUUGUAAAUGUGGAUACUCAAAAUCACAACAUGUAGAAGGGACUCAGAUGAACAACCAUGAGAAAUGGAAUUAUAAGAAACACACUAAAGAAUUCCCAACUGAUGCCUUUGGUGACAUUGAAUUUGAAAAUUUGGGCAAAACAGGAAAGUAUAUCCGCCUGUCAUGUGAUACAGACUCUGAAACACUCUACAACCUAAUGACCCAGUACUGGCAUCUGAAAACACCCAACCUCAUAAUCUCUGUUACUGGCGGAGCAAAGAACUUUGCUUUAAAGCCGCGGAUGCGUAAAAUAGUCAGCAGGCUGAUCUACAUUGCACAGUCUAAAGGAGCCUGGAUAUUCACUGGGGGAACUCAUUAUGGAUUGAUGAAAUAUAUCGGAGAAGUGGUAAGAGAUAAUACUAUCAGUAGAAGCUCUGAAGAGAACGUGGUUGCCAUUGGCAUAGCUGCUUGGGGGAUGGUUUCUAACCGUGAGAGCCUGAUUAGAAACUGCAAUGCUGAGACAUAUUAUUCAGGACCCUAUAUUAUGGAUGACCUCAAGAGGGACCCAUUGUACUGUUUGGAUAAUAAUCAUACACAUCUAAUUCUGGUUGAUAACGGGACUCAUGGAUACCCUGCCAUAGAGGCCAAACUACGAACCCAGUUAGAAAAAUAUAUUUCAGAACGCAUUAUUCCUGAUUCUAAUUAUGGUGGGAAGAUUCCAAUUGUGUGUUUUGCUCAAGGAGGUGGAAAAGAAACUCUGAAAGCGAUUAACACUGCAGUCAAGAGCAAAAUUCCCUGUGUGGUGGUGGAAGGUUCUGGCCAGAUUGCCGAUGUGAUUGCAAGCUUAGUGGAGAUGGAAGGCACACUUACCUCCUCAUCUGUCAAAGAGAAAUUGCUCAGAUACUUGCCUCGCACUCUUUCUAGACUCACAGAAGAGGAAAUUGAAAGCUGGAUCAGAUGGAUCAAAGAAGUACUUGAAAAUCCUCAUCUGCUAACUGUGAUCAAAAUAGAAGAAGCUGGAGAUGAAAUUGUGAGCAAUGCCAUUUCAUUUGCUCUUUAUAAAGCUUUCAGCACAAAUGAACAAGAUAAAGAUAAUUGGAAUGGGCAACUCAAACUGCUUUUGGAAUGGAACCAGCUCGACCUGGCUAGCGAAGAGAUUUUUACUAACGAUCGACGCUGGGAAUCUGCUGAUCUUCAGGAUGUCAUGUUUACAGCCUUGGUGAAGGACAGGCCAAAAUUUGUUCGCCUCUUUCUGGAAAAUGGCUUAAAUCUGAGGAAGUUUCUCAGUAAUGAUGUUCUAACUGAGUUCUAUACCAACAACUUCAGCAGUCUGGUGUUUAAGAAUCUGCAGAUUGCUAAGAACUCCUACAAUGAUGCUCUCCUUACAUUUGUCUGGAAAAUGGUGGAGGAUCUCAGAAGAGGAAUCAAAAAGGAGAACAAAAGCAGCAAGGAUGACAUAGAGGAUGUCUCUCUCAUUGCAAGGCACCCCUUGCAGGCUCUCUUUAUUUGGGCAGUCCUUCAAAACAAAAAGGAGCUAUCCAAAGUGAUUUGGGAACAGACUAGAGGCUGCACCCUGGCGGCAUUGGGGGCAAGCAAGCUCUUGAAAAGCCUGGCUAAGGUAAAGAAUGAUAUCAGUGCUGCUGGGGAAUCGGAGGAGCUGGCAAAUGAAUAUGAGACAAGAGCUGUGGAGUUGUUCACGGAAUGUUACAGUAGUGAUGAAGAUCUGGCUGAGCAGCUUCUUCUAUAUUCCUGUGACGCCUGGGGUGGAAGCAAUUGCCUGGAACUUGCUGUGGAAGCGAAGGACCAACAAUUCAUCGCCCAGCCAGGAGUCCAGAAUUUUCUUUCAAAACAAUGGUAUGGGGAGAUCUCCAGAGACACCAAGAACUGGAAGAUCAUCCUAUGCCUUUUCCUUUUUCCUUUAAUAGGCUGUGGAUUCAUCUCUUUCAGGAAAAAGCCAACUGAGAGGAGCAAAAAGCUGUUCUUAUACUAUGCCUGGUUCUUCACUUCACCCUUUGUAGUCUUCUCUUGGACUGUCAUCUUUUACAUUGCCUUCCUCCUGCUGUUUGCUUACGUCCUGCUGAUGGAUUUCCAGAAAGAGCCCACCAUGCUGGAACUGAUCCUCUACGUGCUGGUCUUCAUCCUGCUUUGUGAUGAAGUGAGACAAUGGUAUAUGAAUGGUAGCAAGUACUUUUCAGACUUGUGGAAUAUUAUGGACACCCUUGCAAUUUUUUACUUCAUAGCAGGAAUUGUGUUCAGGCUCCAUUCUUCAAAUGAAACAUCCUGGUAUUCCGGCAGAGUAAUUUUUUGCCUGGAUUACAUUGUUUUCACUCUAAGGCUGAUCCAUAUAUUCACCGUUAGCAAGAAUCUAGGACCCAAGAUAAUUAUGCUUCAGAGGAUGCUGAUUGAUGUCUUUUUCUUCCUGUUCCUCUUUGCGGUGUGGAUGAUCGCUUUUGGUGUAGCCAGACAAGGAAUCCUGCGGAAGAACGAACACCGCUGGGAAUGGAUAUUCCGAUCUGUUGUCUAUGAGCCUUACCUUGUAAUGUUUGGCCACUAUCCUACAGAUAUUGAUGGUACCACAUAUGAUUUUAAUCACUGCACCUUCACUGGGAAUGAAUCCAAACCUCUGUGCGUAGAACUGGAUUCCAACAAUCUUCCCCGAUUCCCAGAGUGGAUCACCAUUCCAUUACUGUGCAUCUACAUGCUGUCCACCAAUAUCCUCCUGGUUAACUUAUUAAUAGCCAUGUUUGGUUAUACUGUUGGAACAGUUCAAGAAAACAACGACCAAGUAUGGAAGUUCCAGCGCUAUUUCUUGGUACAAGAGUACUGCAGCCGCUUAACUAUACCAUUUCCUUUUGUCAUCUUUGCCUAUAUCUACAUGGUGAUGAGGAAACUUUUAAAAUGUUGUUGUAAAACUGAAUGUAAACAAUCAUCCAUUUGCUGUUCAAGAAAUGAAGACAAUGAAACUCUGGCAUGGGAAGCUGUCAUGAAAGAAAACUAUCUAGUCAAAAUUAAUACGAAGGCUAAUGACUCAUCAGAAGAAAUGGCCCAGCGAUUUAGACAGCUGGAUAUGAAGCUGAAUGAUCUGAAAUGUCUUCUGAAAGAUCUUGCUAACAAACUCAGAUGAAAGGAAUCUGGAUUGAAGAGGAAACGCCUUCCAGCCGUGUAAACUUGCACAACAGAGGAAAGUCAAUGAAUAAGCAACAGCUGAUGAGAAGGGACUAUUUUUUUAAUGCCACCUCCUUUUUUAAAAAGAAGAUUACCUCUUCAAUGCAAUAUAUUUUGUUGUGACAUGUAAUUUACAGUACUGAAGCUUUCUGAGCCUAAGUGUUGAUUUUAGAUAAAUAUUUGUCAUGUGGUGUCUAUUUAAGCUUUCAAAAGUUUUAAGCAUAUGGGCAGCCGGUCAAGCAAGCCAUUUGUGUCACGCCAUCCCCAGAUUUCCUUAAUUUCUUCUGCACAGAUAUUGCAAUGUAGUAACAAGAAAAACUGCAGAGGAUUUACCAGUCCCACAGAUAGUCAUGUAAGAAAGGGCACAUUUAAGUUGUACAUCUUCCUGACUACCCAUAGUCCCAACAGAAGGUUUUAGACCUUUUGAACUUGUUUCAGUGGCAGGGCUCAUUCCCAGAACAUUUGCACUAACAGCGCUCACUACUGAGUAACCAUAAUUCAGCCAUUCCUUGUCUUGGGUGGUGGUGGUGGUGAUGCUGUGCUAAGAUCUGAGGCUUCUAGGGAAGCUUAUGUUCGAAAACUGGGUUUACUAGUAGUGAUGUGAUGCUGCUGAGCUCUGAAAUUGGUUCAGAAACAACUAUCCCUGGUUUAAAAUUAAUGAGCAUGUUAAAAUCUGUGGAGAACCUCUUUGGAUUUUACCGAGGCUCUUAAAUAAGCUUGGGCCUUUCCAAGCCUCUCCCAGAAUUUACCUGGUGACAAGUAUGAAGAGAGACAAAAUGCAUUCAGAAUAGCCUUACCUGUUCCUAAAACAUCUUUGGGAAAGCUUGGAAAGAACAAUCUUUUUCUGAAUCAAUACUGGGGAAAUUUAGCUAUCUCUUGUUAACAGAUCUCCUGAGGCAUUAAGUCUGGGGGAUGCUUGGCCAGGUAGAGGCCAGCAAAAGCUCUUGAGCCAACCAGAAAACCCUCUUAGUUUUGGCUCCUCACCCUAAGAUCAUUUUCUUUUUCCUUUGGCAAACUUGGGAAAGAGCAAAUUCAAACUCUUUAUAGCAAGCCCUGUGACCCAGCAACCGCACCCAAUGCUGUUCUUCUAGAAAUUAGUAAAUAUCUAAAAUGAAGUUGUCUCUGAAAAGUCUGUAUGCCCUCAUCCCCCCGCUGCCGAUUUCCCAUUCUCCUUGGAUCCAGCUGGGAAGAAGCGGGUGUUUUCUUCUUUGCAAGAUUAUUGAUGCUUCUAAAACCACUCUUUCCCUUAUUCAGAAGCAAAAGUGGGGUGUGCAAAUUAUAUGAACGUUUUGUCUGUUUGGAACAUAACCCUAGUACUCUUCUUUUUCUACUUCAGUUGCUUUAUAUAACUAUCCACCCUUUCUAUGAUUUCAUCUAGUCACCUUCACUCUUUUCUGACUACAAACUAAGCCUCCUUCUUCCCCCUUUUUUGUAAUUUUAAACAAGUAAGAUUAUUAUUUUUAAAACAAAACAAUCAGAGAUAUUUUGUUAUAGUGAGGCCAAGAGGAAACAAAAAUGACACAUCUGAAAGACACAAAGGUCAGAGAAAGAAAACAUAGUAAUAAAAUAAACUACAUUCCAAUAAUACACCUCUAACAGUGGGAAAGGGUUGCCAAUUAUCAUGCUCUUUGUUAGAACGCAAGACAGUACUGCAUUUCCACUUGGACUCAGAAAGAUUGGGAACCCCUUGUGCACCCCCAUCAGUUUUCUUAACACUGCUAAUGCACCUUUUUCUCACUUUUUUAGUAAUGUGGUUUAGGUAUUUAUUUGAAUAAUUUAUAUACCACCUAUUAUUAAGGCAGUUUAUAGCCAUAUAAUACACAAUUCAAAGGCAAUGCAUUUCAAAGAUGAAAUAAAUAAAUGAUGGACAAGCAGCAUCCCCAGACAGUUGAAGUGAAGCAGUUGGUACUUACCAUGGGUGCCAAACUAAGUUUUCAACAGGCACUAGAAAUAUCACACUGACAGCAUUUGUCACACUUCAGAGGGGAGGCAGUCCUAUAGAGCAGGUACCUCCCUGUGUGAAAGUUAGACGAGGCAUGGAGAGAUCUGAGAAGGGGGGAGAAUGAGACAAGGGAGAAAGCAUUGAUGAAUCUUAAGAGAUGGACUGUAAGAAAGAUGCAG